GAAGUUCACUGUUCCGCUGUGUUUGUAGUUUGUAGGGCGGGGUUAAACCCGCUAUCCAGAACUGUUUUACUCCUCACCUCCUGUCCUGUGGAAGACUCCGAGCAAUAUUCAGACAUGUGGAGCUACACACUGCUGUUUGGGCUGCAGAUCUUCACCUUUGCUCCCACUGUGUCCGGUGUUCGUUCUGUAACGGCCAAACUUCAUCACCCCGUUACCCUCUCCUGUGACUCCAGAUGUUCUGGUGUACUCAAAUGGAGCCUGUUUAAUAAACCAGGUAGUGUUCUGGCUCGGUGUGAUGAGACCUCCUGCAGGCCAGAGGAGGGAUUUAACAUCUCUCAUGAUCAGUACCUGAAGGGGAAUCCACAUCUCACCAUCUCUGCAGCUGAUUACAGUGCGAGAGGAUUGUACACGUGUCUGUGUGACGAUAAGGACGUCUGUAACGUGCGUCUCCUCAUCGAGAGUAAGUACACUUCUGUUUGUCCAAUUGGUCCUAAAGGUGCAUCAGCUCCUCGUAUCAUUAGGUUAGGAGGGGUGAAACAGAACGCUGGUUAUGUAUGUAGCUGUAUGGAACUGGGACAGAACGCUGGUUAUGUAUGUAGCUGUAUGGAACUGGGACAGAACGCUGGUUAUGUAUGUAGCUGUAUGGAACUGGGACAGAACGCUGGUUAUGUACGUAGCUGUAUGGAACUGGGACAGAACGCUGAGUCGUCUCCACACAUCAAGCAGCAGGAAGGUGUACCAGCGUGGGGGAUUGUACUGAUACUGAUACUGAUAUCUGCGUUUGUGUUCCUGUUGGUGAUGCAUGUGCGUCUGAGGAGAGAAAAUCAGCAGCUCUGUGAGAAAGCUGAGAAUAACGGACACUCUCUCCUCCAUCACAAUGGAAACACUGUGCACUGA